GGCUGCUCCGCCUCUUCCGAGCCAGGUCGCGACCUUGAGGCCAGGAGUCGGAUUUCUGAGCGUGCCGGGCUACCGCGGGCCCCGCAGCCUCCUCUCUCACCAUGGUCGCGGCCCGGAACCUGCGCACGGCGCUCAUUUUCGGCGGCUUCAUCUCCUUGGUCGGCGCCGCCUUCUACCCCAUCUACUUCCGGCCCCUUAUGCGGCUGGAGGAAUACCAGAAGGAGCAGGCUGUAAAUCGAGCUGGUAUUGUCCAGGAAGAUGUGCAGCCACCAGGGUUGAAAGUGUGGUCCGAUCCGUUUGGCAGGAAAUGAGGCUGUCAGCAAGUCUGAUGAGGAAAAUGGACGUCUUCAUCCUGUGCACUGCGCAGUGGGACAAUAGAUUGCUCGCUGCGGCAGCAGGGCUGGUGAAGGAACUCUUCCUGCUGCCAGCGAGAGCCCCUGUGAUAGAAACCGUGCAAAGACAGUGCUUCCCUUAAGUCCCCGGAGAACCUGAACAGAUGACACCAUCAGGAAGUGCCUUGUGGCUCCAUUGACUUUGCCAGCCUGCAGGGUUCUUUGUGGAGGAUCUGCUGCUCAUGCAGUCUUUUUCACUUCCAAGCAGUGAUGUGAACACGAGCAACCUGUGGGCUCAAGGUGCACAGCUGCUUUGCCACCUUCUGAAUAAACGAUUUUAAUGCAAA